AUGAUUUCAGAGGAAAGAAACGGAAGUUCAAGUUCGGGAAAAUCGAAAGAGACCGAGACUGCUAGCAAAGCAGCUGGUGAAUUAGAAUCCGAGAAAAGCGGACCGAUGCUGCCGGACGAAGGCAGUUCGAAAAAAAGUGAAAGAAAGCAGUUGAAUGAAAAUGACGUUGUUGUUUUGGACGACGAGCCGUUGUUCAUGGCCGGUGAGGAUUUGUUGAUGGAUACCCCAGGUAUGAAUUUUAUUUCAUCUUCAGCUGUGCACCAUUGUUAUCAUUUAUGGUUAUUUUCUUAA